AUGUCGAUCGACUCUCGGUGUUGGAUCUGCUAUGAUGAGAACGACAAUAGUGACCGAUGGGUGAAGCCUUGCAAGUGCUCUUUGACAUCGCACGAACAAUGUCUGCUCGACUGGAUCGCCGAAACGCAAAAGAACUCGCCACAUACACAAGCCGCUUGUCCUCAGUGUGGCUCAACCUAUUUUGUUGUGCAAAGCAUGAGUACGGCGUUGGUUGUCAUGAAUCGAUUGGAUCGUAUUAUCCAAGCAACGGUUCCUUACAUCACGUUUCUCGGUAUCGGUUGCUCGGCUCUUAUUACUUCAACAACAUUUGGUGCGCUGAGUGUUACAGCAUUUCUUGGCGGUGAGCAAAGCGAGCAAUUACUGGGACCACCAGCACAAUGGACCUGGCGUACAUGGAUAGGCAUGCCAUUGAUACCCGCCAUUCUCAUUGCUUGUAAUUUUCGAUGGUCUGACGGCGCUCUUCCUUUCGCUACUGUGCUCUUACUCCGUGCAUUGGGAAGUCCUUUAAACCAAAUCAAGCUAAGUUGGCCCCCCUCACCAGCUGCCAUUCUUGGUCUUUUCCCUUGGGUCAGACUCUUUUACAAUGCUAUCUUUGGCUAUCUCGAAUACCGGAUGUGGUACCAGAAUACCAAUGGAGGACGUCGACAUGAAUCAAUCAUCAGCACCUUGAAUAAUCAACGACACAAGGGAUUGUCUAUUAUCAAUGCUUUACUAUGGCCAUUGAUCAGCAGCAUCCUCGGCAGCAUGUUGAAUAACUUUCAAUUCAUUCGUCGGUACUUUCCGGAGCCUUUCCAUCGCAACACACUUGGAGGAUGUCUUUAUGUGAUCACAAAGGAUAUUGCAAGUCUCUUUUACAAAUACGAGCGAUUGCGACAACGACGAUCGCGUCGAGUUCUUAAUCACCUUGACUGA